AUGAGCUCAAAUCCCUACAUCAGCAACGGUACAUGCUACCACGGGCCUGGAGAUGAGGUGGGAGAAUGGUUCCCGUGUGGAAAUGCAGACCUUGGGUACAAGACCUGUUGUCAGGGCGGCGAUAUGUGCUUGUCCAGCCAUGCUUGCUACAAUGGUCGAUUCGGGAUCACGUACCUGGCAGGUUGUAGCGACCCAGACUAUCGAGAUUCGAGCUGUCCUGACAAGGGGGCAUUGAGUGAUCAACCAUGGACAGGUCUAGUCUACUGCAACGGCACUUCGGAAGAAUGGGUGGCUUGCAAACAGUCGGCGAGCCCUACGACUUUGACUUCAGCGGACGCGUGCUGGUGCCCCCAAACGUCUCGAACCGUCGCCUUCACCGAUUCCUCGAUCCUUCAAAACGUUGUACAGCUUCCGACAGCUCUGGGAGGAAGCGUCAUAUGGCAGCCUGGCUAUGUCCCGAUCCUUACACAGCCGAAUACAACCCCGACCCCAACUUCACCUGCCUCGACGACUGCUCAAGCCCAGCCUCCCACCACCACCACGACGGCAUCAAGUACGACACCACGGCCCACUUCGACCGAGACCUCUUCGACGGAAGAGACUGCGGGGAUGACGACAAGCACCAAGGUCGGGCUCGGCGUCGGUAUCGCGGGAGGGUGCUUGGUUCUGAUGGCUGCUCUGAUAUACAUAUGGUACUCCAGAAGGAAAUGGCGACAAAAGGGGGCGGUAGAAUCGGAGAACACGACUGAAAAGGGGCAUACACAUGAAGGUGGCAUGGCGAAGCCAUAUGAAGCGAACUCGGCGCGGCCAGAGUCCGAUAUAACCGAGUUGGACGGCACGUCCCGGUUCAAUUUCGAACCGGCAGGCUUUGAGCACAAGGGCACUCCAGGGAUGAAAUUAAAUAAAGAAGGGUCACAAUCGCCGACAACUCCGGUCGCUGAGUUGCCUGGAUAA